AGCCACUGAUUUAGUUGCGCGCCAUGUUGUUUUAGAUUAGUGGCAGGGGCAGGAGUCGGAGAAGCAUCUGUCGAUAAUUUUACACUUAAAUCUCAGUGAAAUUAUCCGGAAAGCAGGCGUUUGCGACUCUUCAGACGCGCCUGAACAAAAAUGACUUCGACGCCGAACAGUACGGUCGAGACUUCGACUACCUCAUCAUCGCCUUCCUCGUGCAUGGCCUCAAACAACAACGCGCCCAAGUACGGCACCAGGAUUCCGAACCGCGUCUUCGUGGGCGGCCUGUCCGGGGAAACAACUGAGGCCGAGAUGAAGGAGCUCUUCUCCAGCUACGGUGAGGUCACCUCGAUCAAGAUCAUCCAGGACAGGGCCGGCGUCUCCAAGGGCUACGGCUUUGUCACGUUCGAGAAUGAGGAGCAGGCGCGAAACUUGCUCCGGCACACAGAGGUCUACCUCAAGUCAAGGAAGCUCAACAUCGCCCCAGCCAUUAAGAAAUUUGACGUCAACAUGACUUUCCAAGCACCCUUUCCCCGCUCUUUCGACACAGCCUCGCCAAGCAUCCCAAACGGCUCCGUUUACUUCACGCCCACUGGCUACCCGUUCACCUUCCAGAGCAACGGCAUGAGCUACUACAACCCUGCGGCUGCCAUGGCACUUGCGCAGCAGCAGCAGCUUGAGGCGUACAAUGCCGCUGCGGCGGCAACCUAUGUCCAGCAGCAGCAACAGCAACAACAACAGCAGCAACAACAACAACAACAGCAACAAACCCAGUCCCAGGCGGGCGCGGCGUCAAACGCAGCGGCCACGGCCGCAGCUCAGGCAUCCUUCUACAACUACAUGUACCCGGCAGCAGCCGCACAGGCCGUCUACGCAACGCCGCAGCAGUACUACCAAAACAUGCAGCCGCAGCAGGCUGUCUUGUGCACUGAAUCCAACUCCUCCGCUUCUUCCGCCCUGCUCUUGCACCCUCCUCCUCUGGUAGCACUAGAUUCCGUGGCGACCGCCGCCGACUCUCCCGCCUCCCAUCAUCACCUAUCCUCUCCGCUCCAGCAGCAGCAGCCGCCGACCGUCUUUGCCUACCCGGCCUACAACAUCGCCCUAGUGCCGUUUGCCACCAACGGAGCCGCAGACCCUUACCAGCAGCACGACUAUGACUACCCUGGAGACAACGCAGCCUUUACCAAAGAUAAUCAGGUCUCCUUGGAUGUUGACCAACAGCAGCUGCUGCAGGCAAUGGACUCGCCGGCGCCGAUGAUGGUGCCCCUUUGCACAAUGAUGCCUCCGUGGAGCCCUGUGACCCCGCCGCCUAACUUCCCCUCGAGGGCCACGACGCCCUCGUCGACCUGCGGCAGCGUCACCAAGCAGGAGCGGGGCUACUACUCGCCGCGAGGCUACAGAGGUGGCCGUCGAGGCGGCGGCUUCAGAGGCCGCGGCCGCAUCGGUCCAGCCGGCGACGCAGGCCGCACAAUCAACAACAACGUGAACGGCCAGCACAAGAGCGAGCCUGAGGCCAGGGAGGGCCAAGUGACGGCGAUGAUGCAGUCGCUCGAAAUCAGCCCCUAGAGCUGCUCAGUCUGACACGACAAGUACUUAAGUUGAUCUCGUUGAUUGUUAACUUGACCCCAAGACCCGCUACACACACUACUACUAUACUGUUGGCAGUCUCGUUUCCAUUACACAGCUAUUUGCACGUACUUAACUGCGCGCCUGGACUAAUCGGUCAUUGAUUGUUUGUACUUAAGUUGUUGUCUCGUUGUAAUGAUGAUUUUAAGUUGUGUGUUAGCCACUUCGGCCAACGGACCCCUGCCAUAAACACACACACAUAAUAUUCGUUGAAAUGCAUUCAUCGACUUCGCGACUCCAUCCGGAAUUAAUAAUAUUAUGUUGUUGAACCACGUGGUUGUGCGAAUGUAGUAAUUUUCAAUUUAUGUGUACGUUUCAUUUUACCUUAGUUGGGCCAGUUGUGAUAGAUAAAGACACAAAAACGGAGCGGUCGGCGGAGGGAGAGGCAGCACCAGACGGGCCAAUUCUUUAUGCUUGUCGCCCACCUCUGAGCUUCUUUUACGUAAUGAUGUGUUCAGACCGAAACAGGGACCAUUUGUUGCUUGUUGAUGAGAAAAUGCAAAAUGAACCUCUCAAAAAUUAAAACAGCGAGUGCCCCGCGGACCAGCUCCCUCAUCACUCUUCCAAUCAUCCUGAUUUCACCUGAAACUGGCCCACGCUCUUUGUUGUAUCUCGCGGAUCCGUUGUUAGUUAUAUAUAAUGUCGGCGUAACGAUUUUCUUGUGAAUUGGUUAGAUUACGUACGUGUUACCUCUUUUUUUUUAAAAAGAAAUGCGAUGAAAAUGGGAUAUUAGUUUGAUACGUCUUGUGUCGCACGACGUGAAAAUAUUGAAGAUGGUUUUAAACCAGCCCAGAUAAAUUAGGGAUAAAAUUCCAAAUUGUCAAUGUGAUUAGAUUUUUUCUGUAUUCGCUUAUAAUUUUGCUUCAAAAGUUCUGUAUCUCCGCUUUCGGUCUUACUCGUAGUUGUGCUGCACGGAAAUGAGGUAAAAUUCUAAACGCGAUCGUUACACAACCUAGGAUGCGACUAUCGACUCAGGUUUAUCGUUUAUACAUACAUAAUAUAUAUUAUAUUAUAUCUACACGCAUACUCUAGUUGUUGCUCUUUAUUUAAUGUUGUAAUUAUUGUAAUUUAUUGAAAGCGCGCCUCAUACUCAUCGAAUCGCACUCAUCGUAAAAACCAACUGAAAUCUGUUCCGACAUUUUUCCGCAGAGUGAAAUGUCGAUCCCUAGUCUUCAGCUUUUGCUUCUUUUUACGUUGACUCUGUCUUUUGGUUGGUAAAAAUAACAAAACAAGCAAAAUGAGAAAGAAUUAUAUUAAAAUGAAGAAGUCGCCUUACCAGUUGAUUGUUAUCCGGCGCGAAACAAAGGCUGCAAACCGAAAUCGAAAGCAAAGAAUUUAACUUCAUCAGCCGUUUCCAUCGAGACUACUUGUUUGACGAUUCUUGUUUAAUUAAUGAAGGUUGUGAUUUUAUCGUAAUGUAAUAAAAAUGUUCAUGUAAUACGCGAAUAUUAUGAAAAGAGCUGAUGGUUGAAAACGAAUUAUGAAAAUAUGUUGUGGAAAAAAAACAGACAUGAUAUAUUAUAAAUAUUUUAACGUGUGCCUUACUGAAGAAAACUAAAAGGAAAAAAAUAACACUUGAGAAAACACACUUAUUGCAUUGCUCAUGGCAAAAACCCGUUUGAUUAAAGACAGUUUUAAAAAGCAAAACUACAACAAGACGAGAAAGAGAACGAGUAAUAGAGAAAAUAAUACACACACUCACACGUAUAAUAUAAUGUAAAAGCGAGAAAUAAUUCAUUUUUCCUACAUCGUUAAGUUGUAAGUUCAUCAUCAUCAAUUCGCGUAUAAGCAAUACUAGUACUCUGUUUGUGUGAGACUCUUAAAAUGUUAUUGUACUGCAAGGGGAUGCGAAUGAAUGUGAAGAAAUCAGGCGAGGCGGGCAUUGUGAUCAAACUCCGUGAGCACUCGCCUCGAAUUCUACGGAAAGAGAUAAAAUGCAGAAACUGUUGUGACGAGAAAAGCAACUGUCGCGCGCGUGAAUGUAAAAAAUAGAAAACAAAGAAACACACACACUGUAGGAUUAAGUUAGCAAGAAAAACUAUAUUAUAUCACGUAGGAUUACGGCGAAAGUAUAUAAUUAUACAAAGGUUAUGUAGUUGUAGCCGACCUGUUAAGAUGAUAAGUGAAAGAAAGAAAAAG